GCUUCAUCUUCCAAUUGGACCUGCUGCCAUGUCUCCGUCGAUUCAAUCCGCUGCGACUGUCGACAAACUCGGCGACCCCAUUGCCCCCACUGAAGCGGUACCAGUGCACCCCCACUCAGACAACACAUACCACAUCCACGCGGGGGCGAUCCCCGCUGCAGUCCCAGUAGUUCCUGCGACCCCCUGCCCGUGCUGCAAUCCUGCCAACAAGAACAAUACGAUUCCACAAGCGAGCAGUCGCUCUGUCACCUAUCGCUCUCCGUUUGUCUUCAGCGGCAUCGUGGGGUUCGCAGGAGUGGCCCUCGUCAAGAACUUGUUCUUCUUGACCAGCACCGUCGGCGUGACGGCGUUGACCCUCAUGGCCCUGGGGAAACAAGGCAUUGUCGAAGUCGACUGGAAAAAGCUCGAAAGCAAGUUGCACAUCCCCCAGAACACGGACUGGACGAUCCAAAUCCCUUCAAAAGCUGGCCUUGUCGCAGGCAUGUUUGCCGCGUGGAAAUUCUUUGCUUGAACAGCAUUGUUCACAAUCCUCCCAGGCAUUUUUACAUGGAGGCACCUCGUGAGAAAAACACAUAAAAGUUGAAUAUUUCAGAAAAUUCGUUUGUUCGAGAAAAAAGACCGGCCAGUCACGAGCAAUUCCAACAUCA